UCAUAACGCCGGUGGUCUGUGGACGCGCGUGCGGAGCGCUCGAGCGGUACUCGUCCCGUUGUACUACAGAGAUAUGAGAAUUAAUUGAUUUAUCAUCACUGACGCGGAUUUAAAGUGUUUAACUGCGUCUGGAUGAAGAGGUGAGUUAUGACUGCAGUCGCUCAUGAACGUCUUUGAAUUAUUCGAGAUGGACGGAGGAGACUCGCUCGCUCUGUCAAUGAGAAGCAAACUGAGUGGAGAGCCAGGGAAAGUGGGCGGAGUUUGUAUGGAGAAUGAAGACUCCUCCCCGUGUGGUAGCCACACCCCUGAUGACGAGCGUCUGGAGGAUGUGCUGUCUGAGCUUCGUGCAGGGACGGAGCUUAAUCUCGAUCUGGAUGUGAGGGCGGAACCUGAGGAGAUCUUAGACCUGCAGGGGGAGGAGCUUAGCUGGGACACAAAUCGUCAAGAUGUAAAUGAAGCGGAAGACCAAAGUAACGCCUGCCACAGUACAGCGAGUCCUGAACCGAACACAGCAUCUGCAGAUCUCUCUAAAGCGUCGUCUGUAUCAGCGCAGCAGGGUCAUGAGGAGGCGGGGCUAAACGUUGAGUGUCGUAUCUGUGGAGACAAAGCAUCAGGAUUUCACUAUGGUGUUCAUGCCUGUGAGGGCUGCAAGGGUUUUUUCAGAAGGACCAUCCGUAUGAAGUUGGAAUAUGAGAAAUGUGAACGGAGCUGUAAAAUCCAAAAGAAAAGUCGGAAUAAAUGUCAGUUUUGUCGUUUUCAGAAAUGCCUGAUGCUUGGAAUGUCCCAUGAUGCGAUCCGGUAUGGACGGAUGCCCGAGUCAGAGAAGCGUAAACUGGUUGCAGGUUUGUUAGCUGGAGAAAAGAGCUGUCAGAACUCUGGAGGUUCAGAUCUCAAAACUCUCGCCAAACGGGUCAACAACGCCUACCUGAAGAAUCUCAAUAUGACCAAGAAGAAAGCCCGAAACAUCCUGACGGGAAAAACCAACGGCAACCCGCCAUUUGUGAUUCAUGACAUGGACUCACUGUGGCAGGCGGAGAACGGGCUGGUCUGGAAUCAGGUGAUUAACGGAGCUCCCACUAACAAGGAGAUCGGCGUUCACGUCUUCUACCGCUGUCAGUGCACUACAGUAGAGACGGUCCGAGAACUCACAGAGUUUUCCAAAAGCAUCCCGGGAUUUGUCGACCUUUUCCUGAACGACCAGGUGACGCUGUUGAAGUAUGGUGUCCACGAGGCAAUCUUCGCCAUGCUGCCCUCGCUGAUGAAUAAAGACGGCCUGCUGGUGGCGAACGGACGAGGUUUCGUCACGAGAGAGUUUCUCCGCAGUCUCCGCAAGCCCUUCAACGAGAUCAUGGAGCCCAAGUUUGAGUUUGCAGUAAAGUUUAAUGCUCUGGAGCUGGACGACAGCGAUCUCGCUCUGUUUGUAGCUGCUAUUAUCCUGUGCGGAGAUCGUCCGGGUCUGAUGAACGUUUCUCAGGUGGAACAAAUACAAGACAACAUCCUGCAAGCUCUUAAUCUUCACCUGCAGAUGAAUCAUCCGGAUGCAAGCUUCAUCUUCCCCAGACUGCUGCAGAAGCUCGCAGACCUGCGUCAGAUGGUGACAGAGAACGCGCAGCUGGUGCAGAAGAUCAAGAAAACCGAAUCUGAGACGUCUCUUCAUCCUCUACUGCAGGAGAUCUACAGGGACAUGUACUGAGCCCGCUCGCGUUUUACAGACUGACCAAUCACUGUGAACUUUUAUGGAUGUUAUUGUUUUUAUCGAACACUUGGACUUAUUACUGAUCGAUGAUGAACGAAGCUCUGAUCUGGCCCUGCAGUGACAUCCUGAGGUUGUGCAGGUCAAAGGUCUGGGAUCAUCAUUGCUGCUCGUUGGAUCUGUUUUGCUGUUUCUGCUUUGUUUCGGGUCGGUUUUUGAAUGUCUCUAUAGAGCUUUAAGAGAUUCUCUGUUUCUGCAGAUAAACACUGAAUGAUGCCUGUAGUGCAGAAAGAUGUUUGGUUUUUCUUGGGUCCAACAAAUGUUUUUUUAAUUCAUGGUGUGAAUGGACCUUCAUUCCUGCUAUGAUAGAUCAAAACACAGAGACACAAGAACAACAGAAUGAAGAAUAUAUCAUUACUGACCAACAACCUCUAACACAUUAUGAAAUAAUACUGUGAUUAUAUUCAGAUAAAUCAUGUUUAUAUUCAUUAUUUAAUCACUGUUUAUUAGUUUCUCACAGCUGACUGAAUGAUAUUCAGUAUUUACUGGAGCUCCUGUGCUGAAUGAACUGAAUGAAAGAGCAACACAUCUACUGUAUUAACUGUAAACCUAUACAUUACAGACCUCAUGUAUUUGUGUCAUAUCAGUGCUGCUAAUUCCUCAUACUGAUGACUCUCCUGCAGAUCAGAUGUGUUCAUGUCUGUAGGUCUGAGAGGAGGUUUAAGAGGAUUGUUUAUUCUUUAUGAACGCUUGAUCAUCACACAACUGUGACCUGAUGAGCUGCAUCACAGACUGCUGAUGUCUUCUACUCAUCUGAAAAACAUUCAAAUAAAAAUACUGAGUAAAACUCACAGGA